GGGUCGGGUUUAGGGCUGCGAGAAGCAAUGAGCUUUCAGGAUCUCGAGGCCGGUCGGGGGACGGGAUCGAGGCGGGAGCUCGGCAAUGGCAGGCAGGACGCCACGCAAGCCGUCGUCUCCGGCGUCUUCCAGAUCAACACCGCCGUCAACACCUUCCAGCGCCUCGUCAACACCCUCGGCACCCCCAAGGACACCCCGGAGCUCCGCGAGAAGCUGCACAAAACAAGGCUACAUAUUGGACAGUUGGUGAAGGAUACAUCAGCUAAGCUUAAACAAGCCAGUGAAACAGAUCAUCAUGCUGGAGUAAGCCCCAGCAAGAAGAUUGCAGAUGCCAAACUGGCAAAAGAUUUUCAGGCAGUUCUUAAAGAGUUUCAAAAGGCUCAACGGCUUGCAGCUGAGAGAGAAACAGCAUAUGCACCGUUUGUUCCCCAGGCAGUACUUCCUUCAAGCUAUACAGCCAGCGAGAUUGAUGUCAGUUCAGGUAGCAGUCCAGAACAGCGGGCCCUUCUAGUCGAAUCCCGAAGACAAGAAGUCCUGCUUUUGGAUAACGAGAUCGCCUUCAAUGAAGCUAUUAUUGAGGAAAGAGAACAGGGAAUCCAAGAAAUCCAGAACCAAAUUGGCGAGGUGAAUGAAAUUUUCAAAGAUCUCGCUGUCUUGGUUCAUGAGCAAGGGACCAUGAUUGAUGAUAUUAGCUCCCACAUCGAUAAUGCUCAGGCUGCAACUUCUCAAGGAAAGACCCAACUCGCAAAAGCGGCGAAGACUCAACGGUCAAAUUCAUCUCUGGCUUGUUUGCUUCUGGUGAUAUUUGGGAUUGUGCUUCUCAUUGUGAUCAUAGUACUGGCGGCUUAAUCAGGAUUUAAUGACACAAAAAAAAUCAGGAUUCAGUAAUCCCGGUGGUUUGUUGUGCAAACUGUACUGAUCUGCUUCAGAAGGCCGUAACAAGAUGGUCAUCUCCCUGCACGUCUCUCGAAUCACGGCCUUUGUGUGACUCCAUGGUUGAAUGGAUCAUGAUCCUUCAAUCACAUUUUGGGUAUAUAAAUAUCGGCUUUUGUCUUGGGCUCAUUUUUUUCCUUUUUUUCGCUUUCUUCUUUCCUGUUGCUUUCCCGGAGAUGGGUGGGCGGCUCUCGCUUUUGGUGUUGGUCGGGUCUUGAAUGAGGGUCUCGGGACUCUGCGUGCUGUGCUAUGUUGUAUAAUUUUUCCUUUUUCUUUUGAAAAGAUAUGAGAUUUACU